UAUGCUUUAUCUCAGAGACUUUUUAUCAAUUUUUUUUUUUGCUUUGGGUUUUUAGUUUUUAAGGGGUUUUCUAGGAUUUUACAGAAAAAAAAAGACUAAAAACACUAUAAAAAGUUGCUUCCUUUCCUUUCCUUUCCUUUCCAAAAGAGUCUCUUUUUCCUCAUCUUGAAAACACCCUCUUUGUUUUGGUUUAAGAGUUAUGGUCCUUGCUCUUCAUUCUUGCAAAAACACCAAAUAUUUUAUGUGAAGAAAAUGAACGGUGGAGAUCCAGCUUUCAAGCUCUUUGGGAGGAAGAUUGCUGUGCCUGAACCUCAGAUUCAUGCUGGCGACACCAGCAGUGAGAUAACAAACCCAGGAACUGAGACUUCUCAUGCAAACACAUCUGGUGAUCCAGAUAAGUCCAUUACUGUAGAAAAUGAUGAGGAAGAACACCAGACUUCAAUGAAAUCAAAUGAGAUACAAACAAACUCUAAGCUCAAAGAUGAACAGUCAGAGACAAAUAGUGCAGACCAAGAGAAAGUUUUUAAGAAGCCAGACAAGGUACUUCCAUGUCCACGGUGCAACAGCUUAGACACAAAAUUCUGUUACUUCAAUAACUACAAUGUCAACCAACCUCGACACUUUUGCAAGAAUUGCCAGAGAUAUUGGACAGCUGGUGGAACAAUGAGAAAUGUUCCUAUUGGCGCUGGGCGGAGGAAAAAUAAGCACUUGGCCUCUCAGUACCGUCAGAUAAUAGUUUCAUCUGAUGGAGUACCAAUGACUCGGAUAGAAACCCCUGACUCAGCAAAUCAACAACUUCUAUCUCCUGGUGAAUCUACAACUGCCUUUAGGCCUUCCAUGGGAAAUGGAACAGUUCUAAAAUUUGGUGCUGAAGCACCUCUUUGUGAAUCCAUGGAGACCGUACUUAGCCUUGGAGACCAGAAGAGAAGGGUCGAGAUGGGUACAGUCAGUUGUGGAGAAAUACGAGAGGAACCCUCCUCCUGUGGAUCUUCUGCUACACCUUGCAGCAUUCCGGGGAAUGACUUACCUGGAAAUGUCAUGCAAAAGGAGAGAGUAGGUUUGGCAGGACCUAAUGAGCAGAAUACACAUCCACCACAAUGCUAUCCCAUCCCACCCUGGAUUUUUCCUUGGAAUCCAGGAAUGAAUAAUGUAGCUCCCAUGGCAGUUGGUCAGUCUUCUUCUGAGCGUAUUGGUGCACUGAAUAGCGGUGCUUCAAAUGCUGUUCAAUGGUGCCCUACACCCAUGAUGGCUGUUCCUGGAUUUUGCCCACCGAAUGUUCCUCUGCAGUUUGUGCAUGCUUAUUGGGGUUGCAUGCCUCUAUGGGCUGCUAGUGGAGGAAAUGUGUCAUUCAGUGGCUCCAAUGGUUGCCUAUCUCCAUCAUCCUCUACUAGCAACAGUUGCUGCUCAGGCAAUGGGUCACCAAGACUAGGCAAACAUUCCAGAGAAGCAAAUUUUGUCGAAGAGCAAUCAGAAAAGUGUGUUCUGGUUCCAAAGACCCUUAGAAUUGAUGACCCAAAUGAAGCUUCAAGGAGUCCUAUAUGGGCUACAUUAGGUAUUAAACCUGACCAGAAGGAUCCUUUACGAGGAGGUAAAAUUUUCAAUGCUUUUGAGUCUAAAGCAGAAGGCAAAGACCAUUUACUGGAUGGCAGUUAUAUUUUGGAAGCAAACCCUGCAGCUCUUUCGCGUUCUCACACAUUCCAGGAGAGCACAUGAGGGUCCCUUAUAACAUUUGGCCUGGACAUCUCACUGUAUUAUGUGCUUUGUGCAUAUCGAAGGCACAAACAUCAUCAAUUCUUGUUAUGCAUCAGGGAGAUCUGUGUUGUUCUCUGGUCUGAAGGCUAAAGCUACAAGUUCAUAGGAAGUAAAGCUACUCUGAUGAUUGACAGGGUAGGCAACGUAUCAAUUCAUCUUUGAGAGUACUGUAAAUAGUAGAAGACAGUGAUUGAGUGUUGUUCAUCAUCUGCGGCCUGUUUCAUACACUUGCAUGUCUCUUUCAAUGUAAUUUGACAAAGAAGAAAGAAAUAGAUGAGAGGAUUGUCCUUGAUUCUUAUCUAUUCAAAUUGUGUUAGCAAAUUCCCGUGCUUGGGGUCCGUUUUCUCCUCAAAAUAUUGUGUACAUUGAACUUCUGCACCAUCAGUUAUUUAGGGUUGCUGAAACUACCAUGAAUAACAUGUGCAAGUUGAAUUAUGACCAUACAUACGUAGAACAUAAGACAUUAUCUCGCCGGAAA